AUUUUGUACAUUAUAAUAACCUACAUCAGUCAAAAACCCUAGCGGCUCCAACUGAAAAACCGACAAGUAGAAAAUGGAUGCUUCGGAGGAGAUGGAAGUUGAAGAAGCGACCUCCUCUUCCGGUACGAAUAAUUUCAAAAGAUUGGGUCUUAAGAAUUCAAUACAAACCAAUUUUGGCGAUGACUACGUGUUCGAAAUCGUUUCCAAGGAUGACUGGACGUCGAUGGCGGUCUCGCUUUCGACCAAUGCUGUGAAGUUGUACUCCCCUCAUACAGGGCAGUACCUUGGGGAAUGCAAAGGUCAUUCUUCGACUAUCAACCAAAUUUCGUUCUCAGGGCCGUCGUCUCCGCAUGUUUUGUAUUCCUGCUCGUCUGAUAGCACCCUCAGAGCUUGGGAUUCCCGGUCCUUCCAGCAGGUGUCUUGCUUAAGUACUGGCCCUUCACUGGAGAUGUUCAGCUUCUCAUUUGGUGGAGCCAAUGAGAAUCUCCUUGCAGCAGCAUGCAAGUCACAGAUAUAUUUCUGGGAUUGGAGGACAAUGAAGCAGAGUGCUUGUUUAGAGGAAUGUCAUACAGAAGAUGUUACACAGGUCCACUUUGUUCCUGGCCAUCAAAGCAAGCUUAUCUCUUCUUCUGUGGAUGGAUUAAUAUGUCUUUUUGAUACCGACGGAGACAUAAACGAUGAUGACCAUUUGUUAUCGGUGCUCAAUGUGGGAACUUCAAUUGGGAAGGUGGGAUUCUUUGGCGAGGCCAAUCAGAAGCUGUGGUGCUUAACACAUAUUGAAACCUUGAGUGUUUGGGAUUGGGCUGUUUCUAGCACUGAAGCAAACUUUGAGGAUGCUCGCGCAUUGGCCUCUGAGAGCUGGAUUCUGGAUAAUGUUGACUAUUUUGUUAAUUGUCACUAUUCGAAUGAGGAAGAUCGGCUGUGGGUGAUUGGAGGCACAAAUGGUGGCACGGUCGGAUACUUCCCUGUGGAAUAUGGGAAAAGAAAGAAAAUAGGAUCUGCGGAAGCUGUUUUCCAGGGUGGUCAUACCGGGAUAGUGAGGAGUGUGUUGCCCAUGUCCACUCGACAUCAUGGUAUUUAUGGUUGGACUGGAGGUGAAGAUGGCAGGCUGUGCUGCUGGUUGUCCGGUGUAUUGGACGAGACCAACUCCUGCUCCUCUUGGGUGUCGUCUUGUUUGGUCGAAAAAUCGCCCAAGACCAGAAGGAAACACCGCCAUACUCCUUACUAAGAUUUUCCUCAAAUAUAUUUUGUCUUGCUUCGUGUCAUUUUUGUGGCCAUUACCAAGUGUGUAUUAUUAGUUGUCUUGUAAUUUUGCCCUGCCAGUGCCAGGUGAUGAAUUCUCUUUUAAUUGGAACGUUAUUAGGUGCUUCUGCAGGUGGAGCCUCGUUAACAUCAUAUAUAUAUAUAUAUAUGCCUUGGUGGGUCGAAAGAAUGAUUGGCUUCUGCACAGCCAUGGCUGCCUCUUGAAAAGUUGCAGAAAUCUUGAGGAUGCAAGAUAUACGGUAUACCCACUUUAUAUUGUUUGCAGGCUUUUAUUUUAUUUAAGUUUUUUUCAUGUUGUGUGGGAAGGUAUGUUUUAUUAUUGGAUUGAUUAUACGUUGGGCUUUCAGAAAUGGGUCUGAUUGGACUGCGCUUGAUUUGUGUAAGACCGUUACAAAUCAUAGGCAGGGUAUAUAUAUAAAUGGGCCUAGUAGUUGGUCUGUGAUUA